UCAAGAUCUUUGUUUUGGUGGUUUUCGACGUUAUAACAGAUAGCAGAGAUGCUUGAAAAGUGAAAACGACUGUGUAGUGUGUUGUGUAAAGUGUAACAAAAAUGUAUUGAGCAAUCGAGAAACAUACGUUUGUUUGUUGUUGUGUGCAGUACAACGGUUGUGAGACGCCAACUGUGAUACAGCUGUAGUAUGGAGUGCGAAACUGGUGAUGAUGGAAACAAUCAAAUGGAUGUGGAUGGAGAACCAACAGCUUGUGUCGACAGCGAUGACAGCAGUGAUUCUCAGCAAAUGGCUAUUGAUGAAAGAGAACAGAGUGAUAAAAUGUCUGUUGCAUCUGCUGGAAGCAACCGGUCUAGGAAAUCCACCCGAUCUGUAAGAUCACCGGGGUCAUCUCCUUCUGGUUCACGUUCACCAUCAGAAGCAGACUCCAGAUCUCCAUCAGGAUCAAGACAUAGCUCACCAUCAAGGAAAUCUAGGUCUAGGUCAAAUUCAGAACAUGCUUCGGAACGUGCGUCGAGGUCUAGAUCCAGAUCCCAGUCUGCUUCAGGAGAGUCCAGAUCAGGUUCUGUGAAUAGUGUACAUGUUCAUUCGCCAUCAAGAUCAAAAUCUAGGUCAGUGUCUCCUGCACCUGCAGCAGAUGAGCCUGCUAGAAGGGGAUCAAGAUCAAAAUCUAGAUCUGUGUCCCCUGUGCAGGAUGAAGAGGAAACUAGAAGAUCACGUUCAAAGUCUGUAUCAAGAUCAAGAUCUGUGUCAAGAUCAAAUUCAGGAUCAAGGUCUGGCUCUAGAUCACGAUCCCGUUCUAGAUCACACUCAGGAUCAAGAUCUCCAUCAAGAUCACGAUCAGCCUCUCCAGAGCAAAAACAAGGUACUGAAAACAUUGACCCUGAGCAUUCAGUAACAGAAGCAAAAUCAAGAUCACCCUCUGGUUCUCGGGCUUCAGGCUCAAGAGCUGGCUCCAGAUCACCAUCCAGAUCUAAGUCCAGAUCUAGAUCUAGGUCAGGUUCUAAAGCCUCAGUUCAAAAGGCAAAGUCACAGUCAAGAAGCAGAUCAAGAUCCCGAUCUGGGUCACCAUCAGAUGCAAAACGUGCAGAAUCGAGAUCAGUAUCCAGAUCUAAAUCCAGAUCAGCAUCACCAGCAGCUUCCCAGGCCAGUUCCAGAUCACACUCAAAGUCAAGGUCAAGGUCUAGAUCUGCAUCUAAAUCCAGAUCUCGGUCCAGGUCACAUUCAAAGUCACGUUCUCCUUCAAAAUCAAGAUCCAGGUCUAGAUCAGCAUCUAAAGGAAGGUCUGUUUCGAGAACUUCUUCAAAAUCUAGGUCAAGAUCAAGGUCAAAAUCCAAGUCGGUGUCUCGGUCAGGAUCAAAAGCUAGGUCUAAAUCCAGAUCUCGGUCCAAAUCCAAAUCAAAAUCUAGAUCUAGAUCUAGGUCCAAGUCAAAAUCCAGCUCAGGAUCGAGGUCAAAAUCCAGAUCCAUAUCAAGGUCAAAAUCUAGAUCCGCGUCAAGAUCUAAAUCCAGAUCCAGGUCCAAAUCAAGAUCCAAAUCCGGAUCUAGAUCAAGAUCAGUAUCAAGAUCAAAAUCUAGAUCAGCCUCAAGAUCUAAAUCCAGAUCGAGAUCGAGAUCAAGAUCGAGAUCCGAAGGAAGGAGUCCAGGUCCUAGUCAGAGAAAUUCAGUGCCAAGGUCAGCAUCUGGUUCACCGAGUGUUGCCACUGGUAGCAAGAAAGGAAUUAAGAAGCGACGGAGAAAACUUGGCAGUAAGGCCAGUGACGGAAGUGAAAGUGAUGAAAAUGAAGGAAUGAGUAGUGGCAGUGAACGUGAAAGGAAAGUGAAAAAAAAGAAAAAGUCUGCUGUGCUUUCGGAUUCAGAUGAUGAUGGUGAUGAUGCAAAGAAAGUUACAAAGGCAUCAAAGGCUGGCUUAUCUGACUCAGAAGAUGAAGGUGUGAGCAAAAAGGACAAGAAGGGAGAAGAUAUCUCUGAUUCUGAGGACGACUCAAAGAAGACCAAGAAAAAGAAAAUUACGUCAGAUUCAGAAGAUGAUGAAGACAGGGAAGAAAAGGAAGACAAAACUAAAGAAAGUGGUGACGAGAAUGAAGAUGCAGAAAAUGCUAAACCAGAGGAGAACCCAGUUGUGCCAGAUGUUUCUGACAGUGACUCUGACCAGGGAGUUAACAAGGAUGAUGGAGACCCUGAUGGCUUCAAUGCAUUGUCAGAUUUUGACCUAAUGCUUGCACGCAAAAAAGAAAUGAGCAAAAGACGGAAGAGAAAAGAUAUUGACUUGAUAAAUGACAAUGAUGAAUACAUUGCCCAACUUAUAUCUGAUAUGAGAUACGCCGCUGAGGAAGACAGGAGAUUGAAUCAGUUGAACAAACCAGCUACCAAUAAAGUUGCUAUGUUACCUAAAGUGCUUUCACAGUUGAAGAAACAUGAUCUCCAACUGGCCUUUAUUGAGUCAAACGUUCUUCAUGUGCUGACAGAUUGGCUAGCACCUAUGCCUGAUCGCAGCAUGCCAUCACUAAAAAUCAGAGAUAGCAUUUUGAAGCUACUUUGGGAUUUCCCACAGAUCAGCCAAGACAUGCUCAAACAGUCUGGAAUUGGGAAGGCAGUUAUGUAUUUGUAUAAGCACCCAAAAGAAACAAAGGAGAACAAAGAACGAGCAGGAAAGUUGAUCAAUGAAUGGGCACGUCCCAUUUUCAACGUGUCAACAGAUUUCAGAGCUAUGUCAAAGGAAGAACGGAUGCAGAGAGACAGUGAACAACAACCCAAGAGACAGCGUAUUUCAGUUGAAGAAGAACAUUCAAGAAAACAGGACAUUACCAAAGCAUUGGCAGUUGGAGAAACUGAAGAAAAGCCUUUGCGACCUGGUGAUAAAGGAUGGGUAGCAAGAGCCCGUGUUCCUAUUCCUUCCAACAAAGACUAUGUUAACCGACCCAAGUGGCAGAAUGAGACUGACAUAAGCAGGACGACAAAGAAGUCACUUAACAGAUUCGAGAAACAUAUGAAGAACUACCUUGAUAAUAAACGCUUGAAGAAAGCUCGCCGGGCUGUUGAAAUAUCUAUUGAAGGACGGAAAAUGGCACUAUGAAGAACUGUUAAAGACUCGAUGCCACUUUGGGCUGUAUGUGUUCCUUGUACUUGCAUACAUAGUGUUCAGUAUUCAUACUCUUGUUGCAUGUGGAAAUGCAGUGUGUACUGUAAUGUAAAUAAAAUCAGCUAUAUUUAUGAAA